AUGUCGACUGCACAACAAGAAAAGGAGUUGGGAAACGCUGCGUACAAGGCGAAAAACUUCGAUGAGGCGCUCGUUCACUAUCAAAAAGCAAUCGACAUCGAUCCAACCGAUAUCACAUUUUACAACAACAUGGGUGCUGUGUACUUCGAGAAGAAAUCCUACGACGAGGUUUUGAAAUGGUGCGAAAAGGCAGUCGAAGUAGGUAGGGAAAAUCGUGCGGACUACAAACUCAUCGCGAAGGCACUUCUUCGUCUCGCGAAUGCCCACAAGGAGCUCGGCGAUUUGUAUAAAGCUAAAUCUUUCUUCGAAAAAAGCCUCUCGGAGCAUCGCACGCCGGUUACGAAAGAAGCUCUCUCACACGUCGAAAAACUCAUCAAGGAGCAAGAACGUGUGGCAUACAUCGACCCGAAAUUGGCCGAAGAAGCCAAAGCGAAGGGGAAUGAAUUCUUCUCAGUCGGGAAUUUUUCCGAAGCAGUGAAACAUUACUCCGAAGCCAUCAAGCGCAACCCAGACGACGCCAAGUUGUACAGCAAUCGCGCGGCCGCCUACACGAAACUAAUGGCAUUUGAUUACGCGUUGAAGGACUGCGAUGAUUGCCUGAGAUUGGAUCCCAGCUUUGUGAAAGGAUAUCUCCGCAAAGGGAAAGUGUUGAUCGGAAUGAAGCAAUUCUCCAGAGCUGCGGAUGCAUACCAGAAGGCCCUUGAGUUGGAUCACCAGUGCCAGGAAGCGAUCGACGGGUAUAGACAGUCGCUGAUAACGAGUAGCUCCGACCCGGAAGAAACGUGCAAACAAGCCAUGGCUGAUCCGGAAGUGCAACAAAUUCUUCAAGAUCCCGCGAUGCGUAUGAUAUUGCGGCAGAUACAAGAAGACCCGGCCGCAUUGGGCGAUCAUUUGAAAAACCCCGACGUCGCAUCUAAGUUUCAAAAAUUGAUCGAAUCUGGCGUUCUCUCUUUCAAGUAA